AUCAUGGUUAACCCUGUAACGCCCAGCGUAUCAUAUAUGCUACGCCGUCUUUAACAAUUUCUGGCGGUUCUUGUUUCCCCAACACAUAAGCAAAAGCUGCACAGACCGAUGGCCAUGGACAUCAUAGACGUUUUCGCUUUUGACUAGUACUGAAUUUCGCGGUGAGGGAGCCACACGGUGACAUCAAAGAUGGCGGCACGCAGCUCAAGUGGCAUGGCGAUUCCGGCAAGAACAUUUUAUGGUCGUUCUUCAAAAAACAAAGCUCCCAGGGUCAAGGAUAUCAUAGCCUGCAUGCCUUCAGGUGACGACAGCGACUUUGGUGACCUGACUGACGACGACGAAUACACUCCAGACAGUGCACCCAGGCUUGCUACAGAUGAUACUGACACCUCUGAUCAGUCCUCUGAAGAGGAUGAAGACGAUGUUGGCAGCUCCCACUGCGGCACAGGAUCCGUGGACAGGGGUCAUUGGAGGAAGCGCUUGAUGGAUCACUGUAUUCCUGCGUUCACAGACACAUCCACGCAGCCUAGCGAGGUUCGUUCAUUCAUGUCCUACUUCAGACAGUUCGUAACCCCAUCAAUGAUGAACGCAGUAGUUCGGGAGACCAACCUGUACAGCACCCAAACCACAGGAAAAUCACUGGAUGUCACGGAAAGCGAGCUUGAACAAUUUGUUGGUCUGAACCUAUUGAUGGGGCUAGUGCAGAUGCCCAGUGUUCGCAGUUAUUGGGAACACGCUACGCGGUUCGCUCCAAUUGCCGACAUAAUGCCUCGUAACCGGUUCGAGAAAAUCGUGCGCCUUUUGCACUUUACGGACAACAACGAAGCCAGCGACGAAGCAAAGCGUGACAAGGUAUGGAAGAUCCGCCCAUGGUUAGAUGAACUUCAGCGGAACUUUCUUACCGUAGAACCUGAAGAACUCAACAGUGUCGAUGAAAUAAUGAUUUCCUUUACAGGAAGAUGCCCCAUCAAGCAGUACAUGCCCGCGAAACCGCACCCUUGGGGCAUAAAACUAUGGGCACGGGCCAGUUCAUCUGGCUUUCUCUAUCAGUUUGAUGUCUAUCAAGGACAAGCGAAAAUGAAUUACCAAUAUGGUCUUGGCGGAGACGUUACCUUGAAGAUGUGCCAAGCUCUUCCAGAAAACAAGGGAUACAAAGUAGCAGCAGAUAACUACUUCUCUUCUCUUGACCUGGCUGCUGAGCUUUCAAAGAGAGGCUUGGGAUUUGUCGGGACGCUGAGAAGCAACAGACUAAAGGACUGCAGGCUCAAAUCUGAAAGUGACCUAAAGAAAGAAGGCCGUGGCGCCUUCGACUACGCUGUUGACUCUUCGCGGAACAUAGCAGUAGUGAGAUGGCACGACAACAGAGCUGUCACCAUUGUCUCGAACUACAUAUCCACUGAACCAGUUGGUAGUGUGCGAAGAUGGGAUAGAAAGGAAAAAAAAUACAUUCAUGUUCCACAGCCAGCUGCUAUAAAGGUUUACAACUCCUUCAUGGGCGGUGUGGAUCUAUUGAAUUACUUGGUGGAGCUGUACAAGUUUGGCAUCAAAUCUCGAAGAUGGUACAUUUACCUUUUUUAUCAUACACUCAUGAUGAGUACAGUGAAUGCGUGGCUUCUGUACAGGCGUCACUGUGACAGCCUCAAUCAGAAGAAUGUGAACCUCCGACACUUCCAGGCCGGUAUAGCUCAAUGCCUCAUUGCAGUGGGCAAAAAGCCAGUUGGAAGACCGUCCUCAUUUGGAAUACGAGCUUCCAUAAAACGCAAAGUGUCUGCUAGCUCACCCGACGACGAAGUGCGCAGGGAUGGAGUUAGCCACAUGCCAGUAUGGGGCACCAACAGGCUUAGGUGCAGGCAUUGCCCUCCAGGAAAGAACUUUUUUUCUUUCAUUUAUUGUGGCAAGUGUAAUGUGCAGCUAUGCCUUAAUAAAGAUCGCAAUUGUUUUGCUGCUUACCAUAUGUAAGGCAUAUAUGUAGUGACAUAGCAGUAAUGCCCAGCGUAUCAUAUAUGAUACGCUCUGUAUUAUGUAUAAAUAUCUCUGCAAAAAAAUAAAACAUUAUUUGACUGUGUUUUAUAAGACAUGUGAAGUGUGAAUUUACCUAUAAAUAAUUUUUUUUCUUCAGCAAUAACUUCUGGGCAUUACAGGGUUAAAAAUAAUUAUGCUGGCCAAGACCACAGAUAAUGUUGAAACCCAUUCAAUAGGCGAGUUGUGAAACCUGCAAGGAAGCUUUUCUGCAAUGUGAAAUUUCGUGCACCUUGGCAGUAUCGCCUGUCCUUAUUCUAAUUGUUAGAUGCACUGGAGCAUCUCACAUGUUAGGCUUCUGCAAACAGCUGUGCUCUAUACUUAAAGCAGCUAGCGACAACACCAUUCAAGAGGAAGUAAAGGAAUCUAAAUGUCAUGAAAGCAUUAAUGGAGGGACUACAACACACUCGAGCCCCUGUAUGCAAGCAUCUCCAAAAGCUGAAAAACAUGCCAGAAGACACAUCACACCUAACAUUUACAGCAAGGACAGGUUGCACUGCCAUUGUACAUAUAACUUAGCAGUGCAGGAAAGUUUCCUUGGGAGAUGUCGCAUCCAUAUAUGCCAAACUACAAUCUUAAGUAGUUAUAGCACGAGUUUUAAACAACUGGGGAGUAUUGCAUAGAACUGAACCAAGGCUGCAUUAUAUUUGCUUUGGUUAUGGUGUAGCAUAGAAAAAUUUUUAAAAGUAUUGUGGCCAUUUCUAGCAUUUACACUAGCUAUGGCUGGCAGAAAUCAUUUUAGACUGUCAUGACUAAUGAGUUAAGCUGUGCGAGCACAGUGCAAAUAUCACGACAGAUUUUAUCAUGAUUUUCCUUUAACAGCUGGGACAAUGGACUCUGUAAUGAUGUAACGAACACAUUUAUGAUCAAGACACAAUAUGUAACA